AUUUUUUUUUAAUUUUAUCCCUUUAAAACCGAAUUCUAAGAGGCAAGAAGAAUUUCUUCUUCUACCUGGUAUGCCAAUAUCCCCACCAAGCCCAAUCCCGCCCGUUCAUACACACCGGGACAUUCUCCAAGGUGGAACACCUUGUGUCGGCCGUUUACGUGGACAGUCAACAGUUUCUGAGCCAUCGCGUAACCUAACCACAUUUUUUCCGCGGAUCUCGCUUUAAAACCCCCCAAACGGAGUUAAUUUCGCCCCAACGAAUCGAUCCGUUCGCUUCGAAUUCGGGAAACCCCGAAAGUUAUUCGCAAAAACGGCUGUGAGGAAUUUAAGGUGUGCCUAGGACCAUAAGUGACCUCGCAAGUUGGGGGAAACUAUUUAGCUCCAACUAAACUAUCAACUACGACUUAUCAACACAAUUUAGUGCGGAUUUACUCGAGGAUUUAAAUUUUUUUUUGGGAUUUAGGUGAAAAGAUGAAGAAACUUUAAACUUAAGAAAUCAAAUCAAAUUCAAAAUGUCGGAGUCAACCCCAAUUUGUCGCUGCAGAGUUUUAUAUUUAGGAAGUUCCGUUCCCCAACAAACUAAAGAUGGGUUACAAGGAAUCCAAGAGCCCCUCCAGGAAUUGUACCCUGAUCAAGGAGCAACGGGGGCGCGGGGGAUCGAUAGCUGGUUAAGCGUCUGGUCAAACGGGAUUUUGUUGGAAAACGUCGACGAAAACCACAAGAAAAUAACCCGGUUUUUCCCAAUUGAAAGCCUACAUUAUUGCGCGGCCGUUAGAUACGUUUUGGUGCCGGAAAAAAACACGCUCCACACCCCAUCGCCGCGUUUUUUACCACUAGAUUCGCCGUUUGCGAGGACCCCGAAUCCCGUACAUCCUCCGUUAUUCGCGGCGAUCCUCCGAAGGACGACCGGAAUAAAAGUAUUGGAAUGUCACGCGUUCAUAUGCAAACGAGAGGUGGCCGCUAACGCUUUGGUUCGAUGUUGUUUUCAUGCUUACGCCGAUUCGUCCUAUGCGAAACAGGUCGACACGGCCGGGAGUAUUUACGGAACUUUGGCUUCCGAUAGAAUGUCAAAAGAAAAAGUGGAAGAUUGGAAAAUGAACCGAUCACAAUCAGGUUCAACGAUGACAAUAAACACAAUCGGAAAAUCGAAUGACGAAAUAAGUAUUUACAACGGAGAUGAAAACCAUAAAGUUUGGGCCGGUUCGCAAGACAACAUCGAUCAAAUUUACGAUGUUUACUCUUCAUCAACGAUAAGCAGGCCAUCAAGACCACGCCAAAUCACGGCUCCGGUUACAGUUCCACCCCCGCCUCCACCCCCAUCAUCAAAAGAAAAAACAAAUUCAAACAAAAAACAACAACGACCAAAAAAUCGAAUGUCCAACGGGAAUCACCACCAAAAAGAGGAACUUUACUCAUCGGGAUUAAUGAACGGAAAAGCUAAUAGCGUUUCUGGGACGAUGUUAAAACAAGGGCGAAUUCCCCAACAUUUCCAACAACAACAAAAUAUUCAACAACAACCGAUUUACAUCAUGGCACCGCAUCACCAUCCCCACCAAACAUUACCAAACCCAAAAUUUAUGAAACACGGAAACACAUUUUCCCAUCGACCCAGAGGGAAAAUGUUAAUCCCAGCACGCCCAAUCCCGCCACCUUUAGUCCCAGUCCCGGCCUCGGUGAUUUUACCCCCCACAACGAUGACCAACAAAAAAAACAAAAACAAAUCGAAACAACGCGGCGUCGAAGAACCGAUUUAUAUGCCAAGUAAUCGCGCGAUGUCCCCCGUCGCCAGUUAUCAACCGGUUAAUUUCCCGCACGAAGCCUAUUUAAUGCAACAUUACGCAACGAUGGAAUCCCCGAAACACAAACAAAAACAACGAGAGAAAUCCCAAGAAAAACAACAAGUACCAUCGGCGAAAAUGAAUAAGAAAUUAACCCAAAGUAUGAAUGGAUUGGAUGAUCCUAAUUUAAUUAGGGACGAUGAGGGUGGGAGUCCUUUUAACACGGGGAUUUACAGGAAGAAGGGCCACUUAAACGAACGGGCUUUUAGUUAUUCAAUUCGACAAGAACACAGAUCGAGAAGUUAUGGAUCUUUGGCUAAUUUAAAAUUUGCAACUCCAAUUCCUAAUGGGGUCGAUGUUGAAGAUAGAGAAGAUAUAAAAAAGGAGAGGGAAAUAAUGCAAAUGGUGCAUGAUUUAGACUUAUCUGGAGAUGAAAUUGAGCGCUCGGAGGUGCCUCGGGCUAUUUACGAGGCAAGGGGGCCCCCUCCUGGUUCCGUUAUUGUCACUCCGGCUCAAAUUAACGGAAAGGGAUAUCGGAGAUAGGUGCUAAAUUAACGAGGGAUAGCAAUUAUUGUAAAUAACUACCAAAAAAAAAGCAAGCAAGGAGUUGUAAAUAAAGUAGAUUUUAACAAUUUUUGCUCAAAUCAUCACGGAAAUUAAUCAAAAUUGAGGUUUUUAGAUAUUUCAUAAAUUUAA